CUCUUGGUCCAUCAUCGACGUUCAUUAAUACCAAUCCCGUCACACUCGCAACUCACUGAUAUAUACAAAGGAAAGCAUUGAAGACAACACAGAGCAAGCCCUCUUGCUUCCAGACACCUAGCUAAUGGCUACAUCCUGUAUAUACCUGUUCCUUCUCUCUGUGACCUUCACAACGUUCAAUCUUGGUUCAUCUUCGUCAUCAGAGGCGGAUAUCCUUCUCUCCUUCAAGGCCUCCAUUGAAGACUCUAGGAAGGCUCUGUCAAGCUGGUCCAAUACUUCCUCCACUCACUACUGUAACUGGACCGGAAUCGCCUGCUCCUCCACUUCUCCUUCCCUCUCUGUCACGUCCAUUAAUCUUCAAAACUUGAACCUUUCUGGGGACCUCUCGUCUUCGAUAUGUGAUCUUCCAAAUCUGUCAUACCUCAAUCUUGCUGAUAAUUUAUUCAACCAGCCCAUCCCUCUCCAUCUUUCUCAGUGUAGUUCGUUACAGACUUUGAAUCUCAGUAAUAAUCUCAUAUGGGGAACCAUCCCAAUGCAGAUUUCUCAGUUUGGUUCAUUGAGAGUGCUUGAUUUCAGCAGAAAUCACAUCGAAGGAAAUAUCCCAGAAAGCUUGGGCUCCCUGAAGAAUCUCGAAGUCCUUAACAUGGGAAGUAACCUACUAUCAGGUGAUGUGCCUGCUAUCUUCGUGAAUUUAACUAAGCUUGCCGUUCUUGACUUGUCUGAAAAUCCAUACUUGGAAAGUGAGAUUCCAGAGGGUAUGGGCGAACUUGGAAGUCUCAGGCAACUUCUGUUGCAAAGUUCUGGUUUUCACGGUGAAAUUCCGGAUUCUUUUGCGAACCUGCGUAGUUUGACCCAUUUAGACCUCUCCCAGAACAAUCUAACCGGUGAGAUUUCUCAGGGUCUGGUGUCUUCUCUCAAGAACCUGGUGUCCUUUGAUGUUUCACAGAACAAGCUUUCGGGGUCACUACCAAAUGGCGUUUGUAAUGCAAAAGGUCUCAUAAAUCUCAGUCUCCAUACAAAUAUUUUCAGUGGUUCAAUGCCCAACACCAUUGGUGAAUGUAAGAAUCUUGAGAGAUUUCAAGUUCAGAACAACGAGUUAACUGGAGACUUCCCUUCUUCGUUAUGGUCAUUACCUAAAGUUAAGCUCAUUAGAGCUGAAAACAACAGAUUCUCAGGACAAAUACCUGAAUCCAUAUCGGGAGCUGUUCAGUUGGAGCAAGUUCAGCUUGACAAUAACAGCUUUGCUGGUAAAAUUCCUCGGAGUCUUGGGUUGGUCAAGAGCUUAUACAGAUUCUCUGCGUCUCUCAAUCGUUUCUACGGAGAACUUCCUGUAAACUUCUGUGAUUCCCCUGUUAUGAGUAUUGUGAAUCUCUCUCACAAUUCCCUUUCUGGUCCAAUCCCAGAGCUGACCAAAUGCAGGAAACUGGUUUCAUUGUCUCUAGCAGACAAUAGUCUUACCGGACAAAUCCCUCCUUCCCUUGCUGACUUGCCAGUGCUAACUUACCUUGAUCUUUCAGCUAACAAUCUCACAGGCUCAAUACCACUAGGACUUCAAAAUUUAAAGCUUGCUCUUUUCAAUGUGUCCUUCAAUCAGCUAUCUGGCAAGGUACCUUAUUCCCUGAUUUCUGGUCUUCCUGCUUCAUUUUUGGAAGGAAACCCUGAACUUUGUGGCCCUGGAUUACCCACUUCCUGUUCUGAUGACCCUCCAAGAGACCAUUCCGGAGGUCUCACUCCGCUGGCAUGUGCCCUUAUCUCUGUAGCAUUCGUUGUGGGAACUGCGGUGUUUGUUGGUGGAUUUAUUUUGUAUAGGAAGUUUAGCAAGAGGAAUCAAAUAGGAUUUUGGCGCUCAGUGUUCUUCUAUCCCCUUAGAAUUACUGAGCAAGAUCUGCUUAUAGGAAUGGAUGAGAAAAGCUUGAUUGGAAAUGGGGGUGUUUUUGGCAAAGUUUAUGUUGUGAGUUUACCUAGCGGUGAACAAGUGGCCGUAAAGAAGCUAGUCAAUUUUGGCAACCAGACGUCAAAAAGUUUGAAAGCUGAGGUCAAGACAUUGGCUAAGAUUAGGCAUAAGAAUGUUGUUAAAAUCCUGGGGUUUUGCCAUUCUGAUGAGUCAAUCUUUCUCAUUUAUGAGUACUUGCGAGAAGGAAGCUUAGGGGACUUGAUUUCCCGUGAGGAUUUUGAGUUGCAGUGGGAGGCAAGAUUGAGGAUUGCCAUCAGAGUCGCUCAAGCACUAGCUUAUCUUCACAAUGACUAUGUUCCUCACUUGCUUCACAGAAACGUUAAGUCCAGGAACGUUCUGCUGGAUUCAAACUUUGAGCCGAAACUCACAGAUUUCGCUCUUGAUCGAAUCGUGGGAGAAGCCGCAUUUCAGUCAACUGUUGCUUCUGAAGCAGCAUCUUCCUGCUAUAAUGCUCCAGAAUAUGGGUACAGUAAGAAACCAACUGAAGAAUUGGACAUAUACAGCUAUGGUGUUUUAUUGCUAGAGCUUGUGACUGGGAAGCAAGCAGAGCAAACAAUAUCAACAGAAUCUCUUGACAUAGUGAAGUGGGUUCGAAGGAGAGUGAACAUCACUGAUGGGAUGCAUCAAGUACUUGAUCCCAAAAUAUCACAUUCCAGUCAGCGAGAAAUGAUUGGAGCUCUGGAAAUCGCUCUUCGUUGCACUUCCGUGGUGCCUGAAAAAAGACCAUCGAUGGUAGAAGUUGUUCGAGCUCUUCAGUUCCUUGAGUCACAAACCAUCGCUGCAAAUUCUCAGGAUUCGAAUGAGGAACCCUCGAUUCCAAUAUGAAAUCGUAACCCUGAGGGUCGAUUUUUCGUUGAAUCUUUUGUAUGUAAAUGCAGUUUUAUUUUUGUAAGCUGUUUUUGAUAUCUGAUGAUGAUUUGUGGUAACAGAAUGUUAAGGUGACGACGAUAUUCGUGUUUUGUAUCGGGUUCUGUUUUAGGGUUUUGACCACUGAUAUAUACACGAAAUCCUUCCGAUAUCGAA